UCAUCCGCAUCCUCUGCUUAUUCACCGUUCCUGCGUCUAGCCAGGUCGCAUUGGUGGCAUUCAGGUGUGAAUAUUCUAAAAUAUAUUUGCUGUCUUGAUUAGAUCCUGUUGAGAGGUCGCACCUUCAGGUUGCUUAUCACAAUUAGUGUACGGAGCACACGGCGGGUUCAAAGCCCAUAGCCACCAUGGUUGAGCUUCAACCCAUCUUCAAAAAGGCCUACUGGGCCCUGGCAGCCGGUGGAAUCUUCUAUGCCAUAUUCGUCUGUGCCAUGACGUAUCCCGUAGUCCAAAGAUUUGCCCUCUACGUCAACAAGAUCAAUCCCACUGCGUGGCAGGACGUCAACCUGGUGGAAUCAUUCGGCUUUCUCAGUCACCGACCAGAUCAUACUCAAAGGACCAGCUCAUUAACUACAACGAAAGAAACGCAGGUCCAGCCAUUUAAUCUCGUGACUCCCGAUAACGAGACACUCUACGGAUGGCAUCUCCUGCCCCUGCAACUGUGUCACGAGCACGAAGAGGAGCUGAAUGCAAACGAACCCGACGGACCAGCAGACGACUACACCAAAACCACUGCAUUCAAGCUCCUUAUGAAUGACCCGAAUGCCAGGGUAGUGGUCAGCUUUCACGGCAACGCCGCCCACCUCGCAUCCGCCCAGCGACCCGACAUCUAUCGACAAGUCCUGGGACUCUCUACACCCCAGAACCCCGUUCAUGUCUUUGCCAUUGACUACCGCGGGUUUGGCCUCUCAACCGGCACUCCCACAGAAGAGGGUCUAAUCACAGACGGAGUAUCCCUGCUCAACUAUCUCACCUCCGGGCCACUGAACAUCUCCCCGUCACGCAUCGUUAUCAUGGGUCAGAGCCUAGGAACAGCCGUCAGCGCAGCCGUGGCAGAGCGCUUUGCGUUCGGUUCCCCAGACCCUACUGCUAUCCAGCCAGCACUCAAGGACCCGGAACCCUUCGCCGGCGUUAUCCUGCUAGCAUCCUUCAGCAACGUGCCAAGUCUGAUCGAUUCCUACAGUCUGAAGGGAAUCACACCUCCAAUGCUCUCUUUGCUAGCCAACUACCCUCGGGCACACAACUGGGCAAAGAGCCACAUCGUCGAUCGCUGGGACACCGCCGCUAGGGUCGCGCGUCUGUCAGGAGUAAACACCAACAUUACAGAAGAUGACCCUAACCCCACUUACGCUAACAAGGGUCUCGACCUCUUCAUCAUUCAUGCAGCAAACGACGUCGAGAUCCCCUGGCAGGAGGGCCGGCAGGUCUGGAUCGCCGCUACGGGCGAGGACAUCCCCGGUGGCCCUGGCAGGAUAGUCCACGAACGGAAGGACUCUAACGGACCGAACGAAGUGCAAAUCUGGGAGAACCAGUCGACGAAAGACAACGCAGUUGUUAAGCGCGUCAGAUGGGAGCGUGUUAGCCAUGGCGGACAAGGCCACAACCGCGUCGCAACCUUCUCCGUCGCCGCUCUUUCAGUGAUGAGGGCCUUUGAGAAGUGA